UGCCUCUGAAACCUGCCUCCCACCUGUUUGCCUCAGCACGCCCCCUCCCUCACUGUUUAUAACCAACCUGCAGCCACCUAGAAGCACAGGAAGAGAACGAGAGAGUUUGUGUGUAGAAGAGAGAAAAACGCAGUACAGGUCACUCCGAGGACACAGGCCCCUGAUUGACACUGAGGGCAAGGAAGAUAAAGUUCCUUACAAUUUCCGUGUACAGCCUGGACAGGCAGAAGAAUUCAUCAAGAAUGGGUUGCUUCGGAUUUCUCAAAGUCACGAUGUUUGUCUUUAAUGGCAUCAUCUUUUUGGCGGGCGCUGCCAUCCUGGGUGUGGGGAUCUGGGUGAAGGUGGACAGCGGCUCGAUCCUGGGGUUCCUCAAGGUUAUAAAAGACGCUCCGGCGGAGAUGAACCAGAUCCUAAACGUGGGAUACCUGUUGAUUGCUGUGGGGGCAGUGCUGCUGAUCGUAGGUUUCCUGGGCUGCUGUGGCGCCAUGAAGGAGAGCAGGUGUAUGCUGCUCAUUUUCUUUCUGAUUGUGUUGGUGUUGUUCAUUGCAGAGGUGGCUGGAGCAGUGGUUAUCCUGAUGUUUAAACCCUUGGCAGGUCAGUUGAUUGAGAAACUGGGCACCAAAGUGGUUCAGAACAUUAGGAAGGACUAUGGAGAAAAUUCAGACGUCACCGCUCUCUGGAAUGUUACUAUGGAUACGCUAAAGUGCUGUGGAUUCUACAACUAUACAGACUUCACUGACUCUCCAUUUGAAAAAUACACCCAUCUCUAUCCUCAACAGUGCUGCCACAGUGCUGAUUUCAGCUCUUGUGAUGGUACAAYUGCUACAAUCAUCGGCUGCUUCCCAAAGCUUAUGCAACUGAUUGAUGAAAACACUAUUGUCAUUGUGGCAGUGGCAUUGGGAAUCGCUGCUCUUGAGGUACUGUUGACUCCUUCCCUCCCUCUGUCUAUUUCAAGGUCACAUUCUCUUUWGUUUUGAAWUACCACAAAUGUAAAUGUAGAUGCUUUGAUGCAAAUUCAACCAAKAUAAUGUGAUGUUGUGUUCAGUUUCGUACAGUGGGCUUUGUUUAAAAGUAUAGCAUAACCAAAGCAUUUAUUUACUGUUCCUGUUUCCCUAGAWWUUGGCGAUGGUUGUCUCCAUGACUUUGUACUGCAUAAUAGGCUCAAAGAGUGACUGACUGAAAACCAAUGGAGGGAGGGCCAUAGAGACAUCUGCCUGGAUGGCAUCUCUGGACCCUCCUUAGGACAACUACAGGGAUGGAUGCAUAAGAAUCUCUGAAAUCACCAAGGCUGAAGAGAAAUCUAAGGAAGCUUUGUGAUAAGGAUAGGCGCCCCACCACUGAGCCAGUUUAAAUUAAAUCCUGUACGAGAUUAUUGGAUAUGGGAAAAUGUCUAUUUGUAUUGAAAUCUUUUAUUGUAUACYUWUUUCACCUGAAAAUGAUGCUGUCUUACAUUUAGAUUGAAGCAAUACAUUGCGUCCUAUGUUCAUUCCACUCUGCACAGUAUCAUCAAGGUUUAUAUUAAAAUAACAUUAURAAUUCACUGUCAGGAAAUAUAUAUAUYUGCCACUUUUUAUAAUUUUAUUAAUUGAUUUUCUACAGAUGCUACAUGCUCUGGAGAAUGAAUAAAAAGGUUGCAACUUGCAACGUUCUGAAAAUAAGUUUAACUGAUUUAUUGCAUUGUAACUAUUGUAUAAUGGCAAUGUUUUUAAAUUACGUUUAACUCACGUUUUGGUAUCAAAGGCACACA